AAUAAUUUUAUUAAUUCUUAUAAAAGUAAGUUGAAUAACAGUAGAAUACAUUUUUCAUCAUUAAUCACAAAUUAUAACCUUUGAUAUCUACUAUUGAAAAAUUAAACAAGGAAAUACUUCAUAAAAUUACGACAAAAGCAGAUAAAUUAUUCCUUUGUAGUAAACCGUGUAGAUAACGGGUACCUAAGCUAUUUAGCACAAACUAAAUGAGGAUUAACGUAUAAUGUUAUUUCUACCAAAAAGACGGUUAGUUAGAAGAAUUUCCAUUGUUACUGUCAAAGUAUUACUGGUAAUAUCUUUUUUACUUUUUGUUAUAUUACCACUGAUUUUCAAAUUCUCCUACAAGCUACAGACAGCUGUUCUGUUUUUAAACUUCGCGCAUUUGCCAUAUAACGCCGAUUAUGCCAAUCCACAUAAAUAUGGUUUGCAGAAUUCUCGAAAUUUUUACUUAAAAACUGAUGACGAUAUAACUUUGGGCGUCUGGCAGAUUCUUCCCCUAACAAUAGAAGAUGAUUACGGCGUUAUAAAUGAAACUGAUCAGUUUUUCGAAGAAGCACUUGGAGAUGGUAAAGACGUGAUAAUAUACUAUCAUGGUAACGCUGGCGCGAGAUUAUCUGGACAUCGAGUUGAACUGUACAAAAUUUUGAGGAAACAAUUCCAUGUUAUAGCUUUUGAUUACAGAAGUUAUGGUGAUUCGACAAACGACCAACCAUCCGAAACUAAAUUGGUCAAAGAUUGCAUAUUCAUAUACAAUUGGGUGGCCGAAAGAACUAAGGGUAGUUUGUUCGUUUGGGGUCAUUCAUUAGGAACUAGUCUCUCAUUACACUCUCUGUCUAUUCUUCAAAAACGAGGAAUAGAGCCAACUGGUGUGAUAUUGGAAUCUCCAUUUAAUAAUUUUAGGGACGAAUGUUCCGAAUUUCCGUUAUCGUGGAUGUUUAGAUUUUUGCCAUGGUUCAGCUACACAAUUACAGAACCGAUGUAUAAAAAUGGUUUCACUUUUGAAAGUGAUAAAUAUAUAUGUAAUGUAGAUGCCCCUAUCCUAAUUUUACACGCCCAGGAUGAUCAUGUGGUACCUAUAAAGUUGGGAAAAAGAUUAUACGAGGAAGGUAAGAGAUGUAGACGACAUUCACAAGGGGUUUUAAUGUUUCACGAGUUUGAUGGUAAACAUGGUUACCAACACAAAUUUAUAUGCAGAGCGCCUGAGAUCAAUGGCAUUAUUAGGGAUUUUGUGUCGUUAACCAAAAGUAGAGGAAAAUCGCUGAAUUCCAGUAGAUAAAGUUUUUUGGUGAAUAUUGGGAAGAUUAAUAACAUAUAGGCAAUAAUAAUUUCUGUGAUUUAUUGAAUUUAUAUUGAUCUGUAAAGAUAAAAUAAUAAAAAUGGAUUUUGAUGCAAA